GGCACACAUCCACUUUAAGUAAUCAAAAUAAUAAUAAUAAAAAAAGAAGAAAAAUUGGUCUAUGAAAUUUUUCUUUCUUUCUUUCAUUCUUUUAUUAUGGAGAGCAUAAAUGAAAAAAAAUAGUUGAUAGAAUAAAUCACUAUUUUGUUUACCUACAGACAUAUAUGAUAAACAUACAUUGAAACUAUUAAAAAAACACAAAAGAGAGGAAGGUUGAUUAUUCAACUAACAAAAUGAUCAUGAUAUAAUAUCUUGUUUGUUAAUUAUUUAUAAUAAGGAAUAUGAAGAAUAAGCAUAAUUCUAUAUGGAAUCAUAUUUUAUGUUACAUAUUUAUUUAAUAUUCAUAUUGGAUUGUGCCUUGACAACUAAUCACUAAUAAAAUACUGGGAUAGCAACAUAAAGGAAAUGAUAACUAAUUCAAAUUAUCUUAAAAUGGUCAGUGAACGUUCUACAAGCGAACAACGUGGACCAAGUGUUCUCGCUAAGCCUAUUAGGCCUACACCAUUUUCUGGAUCUUAUCGAGCUGCCUCAGCCGAGAAUAAACAUGUUCAUGCACCGUGGGUAUUUAAUAAUAAUCCACAAGUUUUGGAUAAUUUAUCUAAAAAUCAUCGAAAUGCUCAAAGAUCAAGUAUUACAAGUUUAUCUUCUUCAUCGGCAUUAUCAAUAGAUGAACGAUUCAAUGGUGGUCUUAAUAUAAAAUCAUUUGAAAAAUUUGCACAUAUGGGUCAACCACAUGUGAUUGCUUUGUAUAAUUUUGAAACUGGAGUAGAUGGUGAUUUAGAAUUUGAAGUUGGUGACAUUAUUAUGCUUGAGGAUAUUGUUGAUGAAUCAUGGUAUAAAGGCAGAUCUAUAAGAACUGGCGCUGUUGGAAUAUUUCCUAUGAAUCAUGUUGAAGUACGUAUCCCAUUGACUUCUGGUUUAUUUACAAAUACUCAACCUAAAAUGCAGUUUGUAUAUUCUAAUCGAUCAAACAACUUCACAAAUACCACUCGGACAUAUUCUCAUCCAUCUUUCAGAAAGAAACCUGUCCCAUUACCGAAGAUCAUUAAUCAAUCUGCGCCUAAUUAUAUUCAGCCUAAUUAUACAUUAUGCAGUCAAAAAUUACCUACUUGUUAUCUACCUAAACGACCAUCUAAAAUUCGAGUUGCCAGUUUAAAAGCUAAACAAGAAGGAAGUUCAUCAAAUUCAACAGAUUCAUUGAAUUCACAAACCACAAGUUCUUUGUUAAAUUGUAAAAGCCCUACUAAUAAUCUAGCCAAUACAGAAUACAAAGUUUGCUCUACUCCACUGAGUACAAGUUUACCAGUCAAUAAUUUAUUGCCUAAUCGUGUUCAAGUUUCUACAAAACCUUUCUCACAUUCGACUGUCAAGUCAUCAAAUACAUUUCAAAGCAAGUCACAACUUGCACCAAAUCAAACGCCGCUACUGCCACCUCCACCACCACCACCAACAUCAACUGAUCAGCUACAGGAGCAACAACAAAUACCUAAAACUUGUAAUGCACCACCUGUGAUUAAUUCAUUGAAACCAAGAAAUCAAACUGCGAUAUCACAAAUAGCUCAAAUGUUACAAGAAAAAGGUAUUGUUUCUUAUCGUAGUCGACAAAUGCCAUCUGGAGCAAAACAUUUGUAUCCAGGAUCACAUCCUUUGUUAAUUUCAUCAGCUCCUUCAUCAUCGGAACGUUUAAAAUCAUUUACACAAAUGAAUAAUAUUCAUGACAAUAACAAUAAUAAUACUAGAAAUUGUACUGAUAAUAAUAACCUUAAUCCUAAUACGAAAAUUCAAGAUGAGACAACCAAUAACACAAACAAUGAGAAAAGAAAAGAAGAGGAAGAAGAAGAACAAACUUUGGUUAAAACUACAAAGUAUCACUCACCUUUAUUGGUUGAAACAGUAUUAAGCAAACUACUUCCAGAACUGAACCGAUCUCCAAGUAGGUCUUCAGAUUUAAAUAAUUCGAAUAAAACAUCAAAUAAUAAACAUACAUUGAAUCCACGAAUGACUAAUUCGAAGAGGCUAGAUACUGACAAAAAUCAUUCAAUAGAAACUUCAUAUUCAACCGACAAUAAAAAUGAUACUGUAAUGAAUACUACUAAUAAUAAUAUCAGUAAUGCAUCGAAUUAUUUAAAACAUUUAAAUGAAUCAAAUAUGCAUAAUGGUAUUGAAACCGAUCAUGGAGAUCAAUCAACAGAUGUCAAGUCAAUAACAAUUGUGAAAAAUGCCAAAUUGUUUCGUAAUAAUAGCUCUGCUACAAGCAAAAAUAAUAUUGAUUAUAAUAGUCAUUUAAGAAGAGCGUACACUGUAAUAAAACCUCCAGAAAAGCUAAUCACAUCAAAAGCUUAUAUAAGUUUAUCUUCUUCUGGGAAAUCGUCAAACAAUAAUCAAGUUUCAAAAACAAUGACUGAAGAAACAACGACAAACAUAAGAUAUGAUCAACAAUCUCCAAGAUCUGAAUCAAAUUAUCAGUAUUCAUUAAUGGAUUCUACUGGAGAAAGUAAUCAUAGUAAAUUGAUUACAACAAAUGAUUGGUUAAUAGUUGAACAUGAACAAUUGGGCAAUGAAUCAACUGGUGAACUUCAUUUAACUGUUGGUGAUAUCCUUAAGUGUAUUGAUUCAAGUCCUCAAGUUUGUGACAGACGUAGUGAUUCUCAUCUCCAGUAUUCAAUAUCUUCAUCAUCAUCAAGUAGAAAGUGGAUAAAAUGUGAAAACUGGUUCGGUAUUAUCGGUUUAGUAAACAUUUCCAGUGUUCGAGUUAUUGAUAACUCAAAUGAACUGGCUUAUUAUUUGGAAGCUAGACCACGUGUCAAAGCUUUAUAUACAUUUGAUAAGGAAACUGAUGAAGAUUUAGCUUUAUCGCCUGGUGAAAUAGUGUAUUUAUUUGAAGCCAUUGAUGAAAACUGGUAUCGUGGUGAAUCGGCUACUACUGGCAAUCGUGGGAUGUUUCCGGCCACAUUUGUUGAAGUUAUCAAACCUCUGUAAAGAUUCAUAAGACUAACUAUGAUCUAAAUUCCAUGUAAUUAUACUUAAUCUACUACCUUUAGAACAUACUUUACAAAUAAACAUGAUGUAAACACUACUAAAACCAUAUCAUCUAUAUUUGCUUAUGUAAUUUAAUUUGAUAUUUACUUCAAUACAGACUGAGAAUAAAUGG